CAGUUGGGAAAACCGCAGAGGCAGUUUGGGCAGCAUGCACGCCAAAUAUACAGUUUUCUGCGUUCUGGUCAUAGACAUAUAAUCCAUAGAUGGGUUUUGUAACCGCUUACCCUGGUAAUUUGAAUGUGAAAAUCAUGGGUACUCAAGCAAUGGAUGCCAGUCCUGAUUUGAAUGGGAACUGCCAUCUAUGGAUUAUAUUUCUAUGGUUGGUUGCUGCUGUCAAUUUGUCUUUUGCAGAUUUCAAAAUACAAUCGCGGGAAAAACGUACAGUUUGGAAAGAAAAAGCAUACUGCUGAAAAGAGAAGACUAAUCUGUCUGUAGAACCAAUAGAAUAAAACAAUUUCUCAACAACUCCCAAUUUUUUUGCUAACCGCAGCACUGAUUUCUUCAUCCGGCCAUGCGUCUCACUGAGAUGCACUGCAGAGAGACCACCAACCUGUUUUCCUCAACAUUCUUUUCACUCAAUUAACUCCUCCCACUCUAAAUCCUCGAGCGUUUUCCUCAUUGGUCGAUCUUUGAUAUUCCGCCAUAUUCAAACUUCCGCCGUCACUUUUGGUUGGGUUGAUGGAUUUACUGCAGAUUGGUUUCUUUCUUUCAUCGUCGUUGCUGUUUCAUUAUAAUUUUAUUGUUUUGAAUUAGCUAGCUAGCUUCCUACACCCAACCUCUAAAAUGGAGGAGUCGGAGGUGGUCGAAUUAGCAGUGGAAGACAAGCCGAAGAGUCGAAGGAUUUCCUCGAAGAGAACAUCCACCAUCAGCCUAGCGGUCGUCAGCUCCGAAACCUCCCCCGCCACUGUCAACAACUCCAAAAAACCUCCACUAUGCAGAGGGAGUUCCUUCACCUUUCUGACUCCAGGAACACCAUGGGACUUCAAUCUGAAGAGAAAACGCAAAGAGCCCAAGGAUGAUGACACUGUCAGUCUGUCCAGCUUUGACCUCAAAAAGAGAAAACGCACAGAGAAAAAGGAGGAUGAGGACACAGUCAGUCUGUCCAGCUUUGAUCUCAAAGAGCCCAGUAACAAGCGCGUGCGUCCACUGAGCCGGGUGUCAUCUCUGGCUAACCUGAUCUCCCCUUCCAAGAAUGGAGCUGUCCGACGCUUUGGUCAAACCAUCCAGAACAUGUCACUGCGUGGGGGUGACAGCAAGUCGCCGGGUGCGUCCCGGAAGUCGUGCAGUAAGGCAGCGGGCCCAACACCUCCCAAACGCAGAAACAGCACUCUGUGGUCCGAAACACUGGACGUUCACCAGAAGAGCACCUUCUCCACCAAAGAGAUCAAGAGACAGGAGGCCAUUCAUGAGCUAUCCAGAGGAGAACAGGACCUUAUUGAAGACCUCCAAAUGGCACGAAAGGCAUAUCACGAUCCCAUGCUGAAGCUUUCCAUCAUGACGGAGGAGGAGCUAACUCAUAUAUUUGGAGAUCUGGAUGCUUACAUUCCACUUCAUGAAGACUUGUUGGAUAAGCUUGCAAAGGGCACCGGCCCUAAUGGAACAGUGGGUCAGAUUGGACAGAUCGUCAUGGACUGGUUGCCAGGUCUUAAUGCCUACAGAGACUAUUGCAGUAACCAGCUGGCCGCCAAGGCCCUGUUGGACCAGAAGAAGCAGGACCGGAGGGUGCAGGACUUCCUGCAGCGCUGCCUGGAGUCUCCCUUCAGCAGGAAGCUGGACCUGUGGAGCUUCCUGGAUAUACCCAGGAGCCGGCUGGUCAAAUACCCCCUACUGCUGAGAGAGAUACUGAGGCAUACCCCGCCAGACCACCCUGAUGUACCCUGCCUGGAGAAAGCGAUGACCAUCAUCCAGGGUGUGUUGUCUGACAUCAACGUGAGGAAGGGAGAGUCGGAGUGUCAGUACUACAUUAAUAAGCUGGAGUAUCUGGAUGACAGGCAGAGAGACCCGCUCAUCGACAACUGCAAGACCUUGCUCUGUCACGGAGAGCUACGCAACAAGAGUGGCUCGAAGCUGCACGUGUUCCUGUUCUCUGAGCUGCUGGUGCUGACGCGGCCGGUGACGCGUAACGAGCGGAGCUGCUACCAGGUGUACCGUCAGCCCCUCCCCAUCAGAGACCUGGCUCUGGAGGACCUACAGGAUGGAGACAUACGCAUGGGAGGGUCCUUCAGAGGGGCCUUCAGCCAGGGGGAGAAAGCUAAGAACGUGUUCCGCGUGACCUCCCUGGACCCGACCCACGGCCAGUCUCACACCCUGCAGGUCAACGACGUCUUCCACAAGCAGCAGUGGCUCAACUGUCUCCGGAGCGCCGUCGACGCCCAACCCCAAAAGCAGAGGGCACCACUCCGAGAUCAGCACGGUGAGGCUACGACCAGGGCCAAGCGGCGUUCUUCUGUGGUGUCCAUGUCCGAUAUGGUCCAGGUCGAGGAGGGGGCAGAUGAGAACGACUGUUCCCAGGUCGGUGAUCCAAUCCGAGGGUGUAAAGGCACAGAGGCACUCCCCCGGUCUGAUUCUUCAAGUAAAAUGAAAAGAGAGUGGAGCCGUGGUCAGCUUCGCAGGAGGAAAGAGACCGGCGUUUAGGAGAGAGACCGGAACUGAGGAGUCCAUGGAGCCCAGGGGGGGGGAUGUCCAGCACGUGUAUACCUUCACUGCUCUGUCCAUCUUUUCUACCUUGUCUUCUUCUCUAUGGUUUUAUGUUGGACUUCGUAUUUGUAAUAUUAAUGUGUAGCCUACUUGUUCGUGAAUUUCCAUGGCACCUGUCUGUCAAGUAGUGAAUUUGCAUAGAAGAAUGUCUGAAAAUAGCAGUGAUGUACCAUGACGACCAUGUAGCAGCUAUGUCAAAACCGUCCAAUCACAUCCGUCCAGUCUGUGCACUGUAAACCAAUGAAAUUGAAGAGUUCUGUAAAUUUCCGAAAGUAAAAAGAAUUAUUGGUUUACUUUACAAGGGAAAUGAUAUGUGCCAACCAAUGUGACUGAAAAUGUUUUACAUCUGUUUUACAGCGGUUUUGUGAAUUAGUUUUUUUUUAAAUGACUAACUCUGUUUUAUACAAAAUAGCACUGUUUUAGCUCUUAAAAGAAGAAAUAUAUGUUGAUUGGAACUGGAAUUUAUUAACCACUUGUUUUUGAUUAAGUAAUCAUUUCUACUGGGUUGGUCAGUGUGUCCCUUGGUUAGUGUUUUUUUAAAUGGUUUUGUUGAGCCAUUUCUCUGUGUCCCCCAAAUGACACCCUAUGUGGCCUGGUCAAAAGUAGUACCCUAUAUAGGGAAUGGGGUGCGAUUUGGGAUGCAGGCUCUCUUUCCAUGCAGCGCCAUGUGUUGAGGUUGAUCUCCAGUAGUGUACACAGUGUAGACGACGUGCAAAUAUUUGUCAACUGUCUGUGGAGACAAAGGAUGAAAUGAGUAUGUUGUUAGGAGAAGGCUUGGUAACUCGUGGGUUGAUUCUCUACCCUCCUUCACCCAGAAGUGUGCACUCGUUCACUUCCUCACACAUUUUAAAAAGUCUUGGAUUAGUGUAAGUAUGGCUGAAGGGAGUUUCUACCGUAUUCCUUAAACCAGUCCAUUCCUUUUAAAUCCGCGAGGGAGAGUGCGCAAAGUGUAGUGUACGAGGGCAAACCUAGGGAGAAGGGUAGAGAAUUGGACCGCAACUGAGUUGAAUUAAUGGUGGGAAAGUAAGGUUUCAGAAUGAGUUCUCUUGAGAACUUUGUGUGAGAGACAUAAGUAGAACAACGAUCAACAAGUUAUGCUGUGUGCAAAGAGAGGGGAAAGUAUCACUGGAAUGCUUGGUAUGGAUACUGAAAAUGGAAAGACCAAUUAAAGAUUAUGCGAGGCAAAAUCUGCUAGAAGCUACCUGUGUGUGUGUGUGUAUUUAAUUCCUUUUCAAUUAAAAAUAAAGAGCUUUGGAUCUGAA